AUGCCAGAACCCACCACGGAUGUUGAUGUCCAUGAGUUGUAUUCGCGCCUCCUAGGCAACCCUCAGGCCAACGUUGAAAGGGCCAUCACGACCUUUGUCGAGGAGUUUGAGACUAAGCGCGGAUCGCUUGAGGUCGGGGAUGAUACAAUUGUGCCCAUGCUCCGAAACACGCCAGCUCAACUGAAUGAAGCAAAGGAAACCCUCAAUUCCGGGCUCGGCAGCACUGGUGACAAAGCAAAAAUGACACUCGAAAGGCUUCAACGCUUGCAACAAUCCAUCGCUAUGGGCUCCGAAAAUAAGGAUAAGGCAGCAACUGCAACACAGCUGUCGAAGGAGGCGUUUCAGAUGGACAUCGACGAGGCAAAGGCAGCUUUCGAUCAAGAGAUGGCCUUGCGACAUGCUGAUGUUGUGAAGCAGUAUGUCGGAGCGUUCGUCCAACAGAUCGACCACUAUACUUGA